AUGAGUAGCAGAUACGGCAACCUGGUGGAAACUCUGGUCACCAUCGAUCUAGAACGGCCAGCCUGGGAGCAGCAGGGCUUGCACAACAGAUGGCAUCCCGACAUCCCCUGCUACCGGAAGAUGAAACAGAACAAGGCGUACAAAAUCGAGUGCUACGACUGGACAGGAGGCCAGGUCGGGAACAACGACUCUGCCGACGACAUCAAGUAUUGCGACCUUACAAAAAUCCACUAUCUGUCCGGCCCGUUUGAGGUGGAAGACGCUGAGAGGGGCGACGUUCUGGUGGUGGAAAUCCAGGACGUCCAGCCUCUGGAGAGACAGCCGUGGGGAUACUGCGGAAUCUUCGCCAGGGAGAACGGAGGCGGGUUUCUGGACAAACACUAUCCCAAAGCCGCCAAGGCCGUGUUUGACUUUGAGGGCAUCCACUGCUCCUCGCGACACAUCCCGGGCGUGCGUUUUGCCGGCCUUGUCCAUCCAGGAAUUCUCGGAACCGCUCCGAGCCACGAGAUUCUGGCAGAGUGGACCAGAAGAGAAACAGAGCUCGUGGAGUCCAACCCAGACGCAGACUUCUCCAAACUGGCACACGGGGGAAGAACCAUUCCUGGUCGUCCUGAAAACGGGGGCAACUGCGACAUCAAGAACCUGUCGCGCGGGUCUAAGGUGUACCUGCCGGUCAACGUCGACGGGGCCAAGCUGAGUGUCGGCGACCUGCAUUUCUCCCAAGGAGACGGCGAGAUUUCGUUUUGCGGAGCUAUUGAGAUGUGCGGCUCCAUCACGCUGAAAUGCUCUGUUCUCAAAAAAGGCAUGUUCAAGCUCAACAUGAAAAGUCCGAUGUAUUUGCCUGGCCCUGUCGAAAACCACUACGGCCCCGGCAGAUACCUCACGUUCGAGGGUUUCUCUGUCGACGAAGACGGCAAGCAGCUGUGUCUGGACACCACCGUCGCGUACAGACAGACAUGUCUAAGAGCCAUCGAGUAUCUGAGAAGAUACGGCUACAACGACUACCAGGUCUAUCUGCUGCUGUCCUGUGCGCCAAUCCAGGGCCACAUUGCGGGGAUCGUCGACGUGCCAAACUCGUGCACCACCAUCGGGCUGCCCAUGGAUAUUUUCGAGUUUGAUAUCUCUCCAGAAAAAGAUGUCGUCAAGCGCGAUCUUGGAAACUGCGCCUUUGCCAAAGACGAUCUCGAAAACGGGUUUCCGUUGUGCAACGAGCUGCCAAACUUCCUUUUGGACAGUAUCACUAAAUAG